GUCAUCCGCAACUAACAAGGGUAUAUCUGGUGGUGCUGGGUUGACCUUAUCAUUGUCAACUGUGUCUUGAAGGAGCUCACCCGUCAUGUUAGCUGUCAUGAAGUGUGUGGUGGUCCUCCUAGCUUUUGUCAGCCUCGCCUGGGGGCAAGAACAACAUUGCCACUGCGCCUCUAUCAUCACCACGGAGGAGGGAGCUGGACUAGCUUACGACCUCCCGCCUACCGAGGUACAGGACUGUAAUAACCUCGAGGCGUGUGAGCUACGGUGUAUUGACGAGUACACAGUGUUGACUAAUGAUGGUGACCUAGACUUCGUGCUGGAAAACGGUGAGACAGUUGGCCAGGUGGCGUGUAACACCUUGAAGCCGCAGGGCUAUGAUGAUGUUGGACCACUGGAGGUAUUCCUCUACUACAAUCUGUGUCUUGGCCCCUGGUACUACACCGGAUUCAAGAGUCAACAGAAACUGUGUUGUGUAGGUGGAGAGCACACGCCCUGCUAGUGGAGAGUACACGCCCUGCUAGUGGAGAGUACACGCCCUGCUAGUGGAGUGUACACGCCCUGCUAAUGGAGUGUACACAUCCUCCUGGCAUAACAGUUUCUGGAUCACCACUUUAACUAAUGCAUAAUAAUAUAUAAUACUGUUGAAGUUCUAUCUUUGAAGACAUGCAACUCGACUCGCCACCACAUUGCCUUCCUAUCUUCCAUUUGGUUUUAUUCUUAUUAUUGUUAAGGACCUGUGAACUUUGACCACCAGUUAACUGACCAGAAUACUUUUGUCUUAGAUAAUUAUUCAAUAAACUUAAUAGUAAU